AUGGACCAAAUGGAGCACGAGAGCGCUUCGAACGAGAUGGAGAAAUCGAACACAAGGAUCAUCGAAUUGGAUGAGUCUUCUCGCGUGAAAGCACAAGAGAGAAUCGCUUUGCACUCUCAUCUCCGAGGUGGUUUGGGUCUAGACGCUAAAGGAAAGGCUCAUCAAAAGGCUGUUGGAUUUGUUGGACAAGUGCAAGCACGUGAAGCCGCUGGUGUUGUUGUCGAGCUGAUAAAAAAGAAAAAGUUUUCAGGGCGAUGUGUGUUGCUCGCUGGUCCACCGGGUUCUGGAAAAACAGCCAUUGCGUUGGCGCUUUCUCGCGAAUUGGGAAAUAAAGUUCCUUUUGUUCCCAUGACUGCUUCGGAGGUCUUCUCUGAAGAAGUGAAAAGAACAGAAAUCAUUGCAGAAAACUUCAGAAGGGCUAUAGGCGUUCGAAUCCGAGAGAAAAAGAAUGUUUAUGAGGGAGAAGUGACGCGAUUGGAGACAAUGGAAACUGAAAACCCUGUGAGCGGCUUUGGUAAAUCCAUCUCACACGUCAUCAUUGAGCUGAAAACAGUAAAGGGAAGCAAAACUCUGAAGCUGGAUCCAACGAUUUAUGAGCAAAUUCUGAAGCAACGCGUCGAGCGUGGCGAUGUUAUUUAUAUCGAAUCAAGCACAGGAGCAGUAAAGCGCAUUGGCCGCUGUGACGCCUAUGCCACAGAUUUCGAUCUUGAAGCCGACGAAUUCGUUCCACUUCCCAAGGGUGAUGUACACAAAACAAAAGAGGUUGUCCAAGAUGUGACACUCCAUGAUUUGGAUACAGCCAACGCUCGUCCAUCCGGCGCACGCGGAGAUAUGACAAGCAUUGUCGCUCAACUACUAAAGCCAAAGAAAACAGAAAUCACAGAGCGUUUGCGUAGCGAAAUCAACAACGUGGUCAACGAUUUCAUCGACCAAGGAAUUGCUGAACUCGUGCCUGGGGUGCUCUUCAUUGACGAGGUUCACGUUCUCGACCAGGAAUGCUUUGCUUACUUAAACCGUGCCCUUGAAGGAGCUGUUGCACCGAUUGUGAUCCUUGCCACAAAUCGUGUCUCUGAUGAAGAUGAAACUCGUGUGAUGGGAAUCCCUCGUGAUUUAUUGGAUCGUGUGCUUCUCAUCCCAACUGAUUUUUACAACAAAGAUGAUAUCCGUGAGAUUGUAAAUGUUCGUUCUGAAGCAGAAAGUGUCAAGCUAAGCGCUGGAGCAUUGCACGAGUUGGCUCGUCUCGGUGAUGAACAAUCUCUUCGAUAUGCUGUACAGCUACUUCUUCCCUCGAAAGUUCUUGCUUCGUCUGCUGGUCGACAUGAAGUUGAGCAAAGAGAUGUAUUGGAUGCAGCAAGGCUUUUUAUUGCUGCGAUGGAUAAAGCAGAUCUUAUGCAGGGGUUAUCUGAUUUUGCGUUUGACCAAGAUGAUACUCUAUGGGAGAUUGAUGUGCGAAGUGAUGAGAAAGCAGAGACAACUGAUGCCGGGACUUUAUCUGAUUUGGACAAAAUUGAUGCCCUUUUCUCCAAAUUUAUCGAGCAACGGAUGGAA